AUGCUUGGUGAUGAAGAGUGGACGACCAUCGAUGCUACGCUCAUUCAUUGGUUCUACCUCACCAUCUCCCGUGAUCUCUUCCACGCGGUGGUCACCGACGGGGAUGACGCCCUCGCCGUUUGGACAAAACUCAACGGGCUAUUCACCGACAACCAACUCCAACGCGGGGUUUUUCUUCAGCAAGAAUUUUUUGGGUCUCAUCAACUUGAUUCAUCCAUCGAUGAUUAUUACAUGCGUCUCAAGAAACUUGCAGAUGAGCUCCGUGACCUUGGCAAAACCAUCUCCGACGACCUCCUCCUCACCGCCCUCACCGCCGGGCUCAAUGAGGAGUUCGGUAACGCUGCCUCGAACCUCACCUUGAUCCCGGAGCCAACCUUUCCCAAGGUCGUGGCUUAUUUGAGUCUGGAGGAGCGUCGCAUGAAGAUGGCGAAAACCAGGGCUACCCACAUCGCCCUCACCGUCGGGACUUCCAGCGGCGGCCCGCCACCGCCGUCUUCGCAGGCGCUUGCCGCGCCGCGGUUCUCUCCACCGGCGGCUUCCUACGGGCAGUACCCGCCGCCCGCGGGCUACUUCUAG